AUGACCCUGUUUUGUAUCCUCUGCUGUCUUAUCUCCUCUGCCUUUUCCUUACAGCAGGACGUAAGCAUUAAUUUUAAAGGAGACGUGAAGUUGAGUCUUCCAGUUCACGUAAUGAAGAUCAAACCCCCCAGAGCGAUCACAGGUACCUCAUUCAAGAGCCCCCUGGAAGUCUUCGCGAAGAUCGAGGGCUGCUACGGGCUGGGCUCGGGGCAGAACCACUUCAUCAAGGACAGUCAGUGGGAGCAGCAGGCCGCCCUCUUCAACGCCACCUACAAGAAGUACCUGGACGGGGACUGGGAGGAGGAGCCGCACAGCCUGGCCACGUUCCACUUCCUCCUCCCCAGCUGCAUCACCACGGUGCCCACAGAGGUCAAGAUGCCCUCAGGGGUGCCCUGUGUCCUCGGCGUACACUGGACGGGCCGCCACAACUUCUUCCUCUACUCACUGAACAAAACCCUGAAGGAUAAACUUGACCCCGAGGGCGUGUGGCCCUGUGCGGCGCCCAUUGCUGUGUCUCAGCUCAGCGACUGCGGCUCCUACCUGGUGCUGGCCUGCGAGGACGGGGUGCUCACGCUGUGGGACCUGGCUGAAGGGUUCCCCCUUGGGGUCGUCGAUCUGCCUGAGGGGUGCUCCUGCCAAAGCAUCCACUUCCUGAAAUACUUCCUGGUCCACGAGGGGCGCAACGUGUACCCCGAGGGCCCGGUGAAAUCCCAGAUGGCGUGCGCGGUGCUGUGCACGGACGCGUCCCUCCACCUGGUGACGGCCAGGGGAGCCCAGGGACCUGCUGUCAGCGUGCUUGUGGAGAGGCCCGUCAAGCACCCAGAAGAGGCUGUGUGCGCGGUGGCCCCCGUCCCCACCUUACCCGGCACCGUGCUGACCUUCUCCAGGGCGGGAGCCGUGCACCUGCUGGACGUGACCCAUCUUCACAUUGUCUGCGCCUUUGAGCUCCCCAGGCCCUACCGCCUGGCGGAGCCCAGGAGGCCCCUGUUUGUCGCGUCUCGGCACCACCCCUACCUCCUGCUCAGAGGUCAGAUGGACCAGGACCAUGAGGGCACGGGAUCGGACGACGCCCAAAGCUCCGUCUUCUACUUUCAUUUCGAGUCCUACCCGCUCCUGGAGCGCAUCUCCAGAAGCUGCAAGAUCUCCCAGGCCGACCUGGACGCCGCGUGCUUCCCGCAGGCCCUGCCCUUGGAGAAAAGAUGCGAGAACUUCCUCCGGAAGAGGUUUCAGAAGCUGGAGAACAAGGUGAAGGAGCAGGAGCACUGGACCCGGCUGCGGAGGUACUCCCUGCUUCUCCAGAAAGAGGCCAUCAAGAAGUGA